AAUUUAAAUUUUAACGGCGUUUGCGAAGAAGCGCAUCUGAAAAUGUCUUCUCGUGGUCGGAAACUUGUACAGUGAUUUAUUUAAAUGAAUUUUACUUAAAAAAUUCAAUUAAAAAUGAUCAACGAGAAAAUAUAUUAGAUUUGUUUAUAGUUUAAAUUUUAAUAAAGUAUGCUUCUUAAAUCAUUUAAUUUAAAUGAAAAUCAGCUAUGCAUGUCACAUGGCGAGAAAACUUAUUUAAAUAUUAUUAUUAUUUGUUCUGAACUUAGACAAUCAUAAAAAUGGCUAGUAGUUUAAAGAUGGACUUUUUGUCAGUAUUUAAAUCUAAACAGCCUACUCUUCCUUUGCCGAAUGAAUCUAGUUUAAUACCAGCAGUUGGUUUGUUCAAGUCACAAAGUUUUUUAGUUGGUACUAAUUUCAAAGAUAGUCUUAGCUCAAUAAAUGCUGAGCUAGAUAGUGACCUUGGAAAAGAGGACGAGUUGGAUGGUAUUAAAAGACUUAGUAGUAUUGAUAAAAGGUUUUCUAGAGCUUUGUUUAAAAUUCGAAAGUCUCAUUGGUUAGAUGCUUCAAAAAUAAACAAUUGUAUGCAAUGUGAUAAAGUUUUUGGCUUAACAACAGGGUCUGUAAAUAAACUGAGAAAACAAAAUUGCAGAAGAUGUGGAAGAGUGUUUUGUGAAAACUGCUGUCAGUACAUGAAGCGCUUAUCUCCAGAAUGCAUACCUGAUCCUCAGGGAAAUCUCUAUCGGGUUUGCUUCAGUUGUGCAGGUUUUCCAAGCAGUCAACCCCUUGGUGAAAUUCGUUCACUGACUGACGAUUUCUUAUUUUCACGAAGUAAAAAACGUUUAAUAAUUUCACAAGAGUUAACUAGACUUUUGCAUGGUUUUAAAGCUAAUGUAAAUCCUAAUUCAAGAAUAAAAACUGUAGUAAACGAUACUUUUUCUAUUAUGAAAGUACCUGAAUGGCAGAAAUCGUCGAAAUGGCUGGAGAGUUCGGAAGUAGAAUUGUGCUCUCAAUGUUAUUCAAAGUUUUCUUUCAUUAACAGUAAACAUCAUUGCAGACUUUGUGGUUUUGUAUACUGUCGGCAUUGUUGUAAAGCAAAUUUGCUUUUGUAUUAUGAUGAACAACAGUGUGCAGCUGCUAGAUUAAUUGGAGUUGUUGGGUGUCCGAAUAAAGAACCACCUGUCUGUCUUUAUUUAGUUAUAUGUGUUUUAUGUGAAGAAGAUAUGGAAAACUAUCAGGUCAUGCAGUAUCAUUGCCAACAAAAAGGAAACAAUUUUUCUUCUGAUAAACUUGCAAGUCUUAGUAAAAUAUUAGACAAGCUUAAAGUUUUUGAGAAAAAAAUUGAAGACAAUUUACCUCGUUUCCAGGAGCUUGUUGAUAGUUUAACUUAUGAUAAUAUUCAGUUGGAAGAAAGCUCGACAAGUACAAACGACAUUAAAAAUAUUGCCAAAAUUGACGGCGAUUUAUCGGAUAUGUUUACUCAGUAUUCGGUUAUUGUUCUUAGUCUUAAACAACAUGUUAUGUCUUCAAAGACUGAAUUAGAAAUCAUGCGUAAUGCAACUUCAUUAAAAUGUAAACAAUACAAUCAAGGAAUAAAUUUAUUUAAAAGUUUAAGGGAUAGUUUAGAAAAAUCUUUGCCAAAAAAAGCUCUGCUUGAAUAUCAAAACUGUGCCAACUUGAAUGCCAUCAAUAAUACAUAUUUGAUGGUAAGGCAACUGGGUUUUGAGGCAUUGAGGUUAUCUUUAAAAUACGAUUUUGAUGCUGCACUGGCAGAAGAACUUAGGGAAGUGGAUAAAGUUUGCUGCGAAGAACUAAAAUCGUUUGUUGUGCAAUGCGGACAGAGUUGGAACGACCAUGUCUCUGUUUUAAACGAGUUUAUUAAACAGCAGUUAGAUAAUAAAAAACUUGUAUUGCCGAAAGAAGAUAAAAUUAAUUUAGAGGGCAGUUUGUAUGUUAAACGUUUUCUUACAGAUAGGUGCCGUACCUUAGUUUAUCAAAUACUACAUGCAUUAAAAAGCAGGUCAUCUGAAACGCAAUUUUUAGAAUCAAAAGCUUGUCUUCAAAAUCUUUUUGAUAAAAUGUCUAUGAAUGAAGCGGGUGGUACCUAACCGUCUUGAUGGUUUUAUUUUAACGUAAUUUUUUAUAAUGGUUUUUUUCAUAUAAAAGUAAUUAAAUUAUUAUUUUUAUUUAUUUGUAAUAACCUUUUUAUAUUUUUCAAACAAAAAAUUGGAUUUUAUAUAGUUAAAUUGGUUUUAGUUGGAUUACUAUUA